AUGCCUUUCGGGAUCAAUAACCCGCUCCCGGCGUCGAUGAACAGUGAAUGCAAGAAGGCAGCCAAGAUCCUGACAUCUUUCAUCGAUCCGAAGCAAGCAUUUGGCCCUGAUAAAGUCAUUCCGCCGGAGAUUCUGGCUAAUGCUAAGGGUCUUGCAAUUCUCACUGUCCUCAAAGCUGGAUUCAUAGGCUCUGGUCGAUUCGGCUCUGGGCUCGUCGUCGCCCGUCUCGCAGAUGGCUCCUGGUCGGCCCCGUCGGCGAUCGCGACCGGCGGUGCGGGUGUUGGAGGACAGAUUGGGUUUGAGUUGACCGACUUCGUCUUUAUUCUCAACGACGCAUCGGCCGUUCGCACAUUCUCGCAGGUUGGUACGCUGACACUGGGUGGAAAUGUUUCGCUCGCUGCGGGACCCAUUGGCCGGAAUGCGGAAGCAGCGGGAGCGGCCAGCACACGCGGUGUGGCGGCGGUGUUCUCUUAUUCCAAGACCAAGGGUCUCUUUGCCGGUGUCAGCUUGGAGGGUAGCAUGCUGAUCGAGCGCAAGGAUGCCAACGCGAAGAUGUAUGGUAGUCGAGUCUCGGCAAGCCAGCUGCUGACCGGCACCGUUCGCUCCCCACCCCAAGCAGAUGCCCUGAUGCGCGUCCUCAACUCCCGGGCCUUCCAGAGCGGUGCGGGGAGAGUGUAUGGCGACUCCAUGUACAACGACAUUCCAGUCUACGACUCCAGCCACGAUGAUGUUGUCUGGGAGGGCCGUCGCGGCGAUGCCUACGGCCAGGGCCAACGGGGGCGCGCCAACACUUACGGCGAUGAUGAUUAUGGCUCCCGUGACCGACCCAGCCGCUCGAACACAUGGACCGACGAUGUUUACGAUCGCCCCGCAGGGGGUCUGGGUCGCUCGAAUACGACACGGGCACCUCCAGGCGACGCCUGGGGAGACAACUACGGCCGCAACCGCAGCAACACCGGGCCAUACGAGGACGAUUAUUCGUAUUCUGACCGCAAGCCUGGCCGCCCAACGGCUCCCAAACCGGCCUUUGGCCAACGGACUGGUCAAGGUUUGCGAUCAGAUCAAGUUGUCGCCCUCUACACGUUUGAUGCCGACCAGGAAGGUGAUCUAGGGUUCAAGAAGGGGGAGAUCAUCACGAUCUUGAAGCGAACAGAAAAGGCCGAAGACUGGUGGACGGGGCGCAUCGGCGACCGCGUCGGCAUUUUCCCCAGCAACUAUGUCGAUGCUUCCUCCUAG